AUGGUCUAUCUAGCUCACGCUAGAGGCCUCGCCGCCUUCGCCCUUGGCCUAACAUUACUUGCUACCCCGGUAUCAUCGCUGCAAACCACUCUUGAAUCCCGGCAGAAGAAGAACGCGGCAAGUCCAUACACAGACAUAGUAUCGGAAUAUGUUGAUUCUCUGGAUAAAGAGCUCUGGUCGAUCAACAAGAACAUCCAUGACAACCCCGAGCUCGGAUACAAAGAGUUCAAGGCCCAUAAGCUCCUCACAUCGUACAUGAAGAAGCAAAAAGGAUGGAAGGUCACUGACACUGUUGGUGGGAUUGACACGGCCUUCAUGGCUGUCUUUGAGGGUGAUGGCGAUGGCCCUGUAGUGAGCUUCAAUGCUGAGUAUGACGCUCUUGAGGGUUUGGGUCAUGCCUGUGGUCACAACUUGAUCGCCACAGUUUCUCUCGGCGGCGCUCUAGCAACAGCGGAGAUCAUGCGCAAGGAGAAACUAGGCGGCAAGGUCAUCCUCUUUGGCACACCGGCUGAAGAGUCCCUAGGCGGGAAGGUGAAGAUGCUGGAAGCAGGUGUCUUCAAGGAUGCCAAGAUCGACAUCUCUCUCAUCUCGCAUCCCAGCAACGGUCCUGACACUCCUUAUAUGCUUGCGCAGUCAACAGAUCGCUUCGACGUUGAGUACAAGGGUCUUGAAGCCCAUGCUGCAGCAGGACCCUGGGAGGGCAUCAACGCACAAGACGCCCUCCUCCUCGCCAAUAGUGCGCUGUCCUACAUGCGCCAGCAGAUGCGAACAACAGACCGCGUCCACGGCAUCAUCCACUCAGCCGGAACCCGUAUCAACGUCAUCCCAGCAGAUGCAUCAGGAAGCUACCAGCUGCGGUCAGCCAACGAAAAGCAGCUGGAAGAACUGUCAGACCGCGUGUACAACUGCUUCAAGGCCGGCGCUCUCGGCACAGGAGCCAAGAUGAACUUCACCACGCGUCCCUACGGCUACGCCAACAUGAACAACAACGAUGGUCUUGCCGCGUCCUUCACGCGCUGGUUCGAGGAGCUAGGCGGCGAUCUCCCGGAUGCUGAUGUCGACAAGAUGAGAGAACCCGGCGGUUCAACAGACCAGGGCAACAUCAGUCAAGACUUCCCAGCCAUCAGCCCCAUGUUCCAGAUCACCUACGCCAACGGGACUGUCCCCAAGGGCGGCCCCCAUACUGCGCCGUUUGAAGAGGCCGCGGGAAGCAAGGCGGCGUUUGAGAAGGCUCUGAUGGUUGCGAAGAGUCUUGCGGGUGUUGCAGUAGAUGUGUUGACGGUGGAUGGACUAUUGGAUGAGAUCAAGGCUGAGUUCAAGAAGACCAAGUCGCCUGCUAGACGGAGGAGAUGA